UUUAAUGUAAAAUUAUAAUAUCGACAACACAAACAACAACAAAAUUAGAAAAGAAGAAGAGAAAAAUGGGAUUCACUGAGAAGCAAGAGUUUUUAGUGAAUAGCUCAUGGGAAUCAUUUAAACAAAAUCUUCCCGGCUAUAGUGUCUUGUUCUACACUAUUAUAUUAGAGAAAGCACCUGCAGCAAAGGGCAUGUUCUCUUUUCUUAAGAACACGCCUGAGGUAAAAGAUAGUCCUCAACUUCAAGCCCAUGCUGAAAAGGUGUUUCAAAUGGUGCGUGAUGCGGCUGUUCAACUUCGAGCAACUGGAGAAGUAGUUUUGGGAUAUACUAAAGUGGGUGCUAUCCACAUUCAAAGAGGAGUUGUUGAUCCUCAUUUUGUGGUGGUUAAAGAAGCUUUGUUAAAAACAAUAAAGGAAGCAUCGGGGGACAACUGGAGCGAAGAACUAAAUACUGCUUGGGAAAUUGCUUACGAUGAAUUGGCAAUUUCUAUUAAAAAAGCAGUUAAACUUGGGAUGAUCUAUUGUUAGAAAUAUAAAUAAAAUUCGUAUUGCUAAAUUUAUUUUUUAAACAAGUUUCUAUAAUAAAUAUUGUUCAAAAUAAUUAUGCAAUAUUGCAGUGUUUAUGCCAGUAAAUCUCUUGAUCAAAUUCCAAACAAAAUCAAGUUUAAAAGUGGCUCAACAUUUUGUUUACGAGUAAAAAGAGUAUGUAUGUGUCGUGUCGUGUCUGUCUAAUGUUUUGGUCUAUUUCAUCUAUUUAAUGGUUGCAGGCUUUUUAUGUUUUUAUAUGUUGAUAUCACAAUGUGUCGUGUCCUAUCAUAUAGCAUAGAAAAUAUUUUCGUUCGCAAAGAUGACAUCAUGAAUGAAUUUGAAUCAUGGGAUUGGCAAAUGAAAAACACCUCUAUUAAAGCAUUGAUGAACACUUUGUUAAGUAAUCCUACUUAUGAUGAAGAAAAUGCAACUGAUUAGGAGUGCACCAUUGAUAGAGUUCAGGGUCUCAGAGAACAAGACAGUUUCCAGCUUGUGGAUAGUAAACUAAGUUUAGUUGGAACUAGUUGACUUGUGUAACAAGUAACUGUUUACUUGUUUUGCAAGUAUAAAUAUCAUUGUAUAUGUGUGACUAGUUUAGUAAGUGGUGGUGUAGGUUGUGGUGUUGCUAGUUAUGAAGAUGAUUUGAGUGUUUCUUGUCCAUUUGGACUUGUGCAAAAGGAAGGGAAAGUUGUUGGAUGUAAAAGGGCUUGUUUGGCUUUGGCUUCAAAAUCUGUGAUUGCUAACCUAUAUUUGAAAUUGUGAUUGUGUAUUCUAUGAUUGUAUUGUAUUUUUUUAGACUAA